UUUGGUUUACACUCCGAAGCAGAAGGUGGCGGUAAUGAGCAUAAACCGCUGGUUUCAACCGUCGCUGAAGCAUUACGUAGAAUUCCAAGAUGGCGUCGCAGUACUACCAAGAGAUGCAAGAGAGCUUCAAAAAUAACAACAAAAGUCGAGAAUUCCCGGCUCACACAGCCAAAGUCCACUCGGUGGCGUGGAGCUGUGAUGGCAGGAGGCUCGCCUCCGGGUCGUUUGACAAAACAGCCAGCGUUUUUCUCCUGGAAAAGGACCGUUUGGUGAAGGAGAACAACUACAGAGGUCAUGGUGACAGUGUGGAUCAGCUCUGCUGGCAUCCAACCAACCCAGAUCUGUUUGUCACAGCAUCCGGAGACAAGACCAUUCGCAUAUGGGACGUCCGGACCACCAAAUGCAUUGCCACUGUCAAUACGAAAGGAGAGAACAUCAACAUCUGCUGGAGCCCUGAUGGUCAGACCAUCGCUGUUGGGAACAAAGAUGAUGUGGUGACCUUUAUCGACGCCAAGACCCAUCGCUCCAGGGCAGAGGAGCAGUUCAAGUUCGAGGUGAACGAGAUCUCCUGGAACAACGACAACGACAUGUUCUUCCUCACCAACGGCAACGGCUGCAUCAAUGUCCUGAGUUAUCCGGAGCUGAAGCCCAUCCAGUCCAUCAACGCUCACCCGUCCAACUGCAUCUGUAUCAAAUUUGACCCCAUGGGGAAAUACUUCGCCACAGGUAGCGCCGACGCCCUCGUCAGCCUGUGGAACGUGGAGGAACUGGUGUGCGUCCGAUGCUUCUCCAGGCUGGACUGGCCUGUGAGGACACUCAGCUUCAGCCACGAUGGAAAGAUGUUGGCCUCGGCCUCCGAGGAUCACUUCAUAGACAUCGCUGAGGUGGAAACGGGAGAGAAGCUGUGGGAGGUUCAGUGUGAUUCUCCGACCUUCACCGUUGCCUGGCACCCAAAGAGGCCGCUGCUGGCCUACGCCUGCGACGACAAGGACGGCAAAUACGACAACAACCGGGAGGCGGGCACCGUCAAACUAUUUGGCCUUCCCAAUGACUCCUGAAACAGAUCAGCUGAUUUUUUCCUAGUUUGCUCAACUUCUUAUGAUCAGUCAGACCUUAGGAGAGAGAAAAAGUAAGCGCAGCCUCAUGUCAUACAGCUCCCAAGCAUGCUGCUGCUUUUAGGCUGCAGCUCUUAAAGCAACAGUAACCUUUUGUCACCAGCAGAUGGCACCAACCUUCCUUUAGAACACCUGACUUCAUUCCCUGUUUUUAUACACAGAUAAAAACACAACUCCCUGUCCUGUAAUAUAUUGUUUUUUAUGUAAAAUAUGCGUUUUUUGAUAUUAAAAUCAGUCUCUUUAUAAA